AUGGCUAAUUUAGCCGAAGGACCCUAUGAGCCGACCUGGGACUCGACAGACAGGCACAAUGCGACCCUUGAGUGGUUUCUAGAUGUCAAUUUUGGUGUAUAUUGGCACUGGGGCGCCUUCACAACGCCCCAGUACGGUUCAGAGUGGUUCAUCACCGGAGGCAAAGAACUCCAGGGCAAUGACGUCCAAUUCAAUCCCGUCCUGGCCUCCGAAGGCGGCGAGUUCGACCCGGCCGCGUGGAUGCGGGUCAUCAAGGCCUCGGACGCACGCUUCGCAGGACCUGUUGCUGAGCAUCACGAUGGCUUCUCCAUGUGGGACAGUGAGGUCAAUGAGUGGAACUCGGUUGAUCUUGGCCCCAAGAUUGACCUGGUCAAGCUGCUCGCCGACUUGGUGCCUGAAAACGAUAUGAAGCUGGUGAUUGCCAUGCACCAGGCCUUCAACGUCAACGGCUUCUUCGCGCACGCGCCCCAGCAGGACGAUCCCAGCCUAGGCACGCUGCUGGGCCAGGUGCCCGCGAAGAGGGCGACCAGAGCCCGGGGUAUUGCCAAGGCGACAGCGACCAUCGCUCCAUUGGACAUGGACGUCCUGACCACAUACAAACCUCUUGUCGAUGGGUUCCAUGAUACCUCAGCUGUCGCGGACUGGGAGCGCGGUGGUCCCGCCGAGCUCACGCGCCCGUGCUGGCUGACUGACGAGGCCAUCAGCGCUACCAGCUGGAGCUACACCGAGGGUAUCUCCUAUUACAGCAUCCCAUCCAUGCUCCAUUCGCUGCUAGAUCGCGUGAGCAAGAACGGCAACAUGCUGCUCAACAUCUCGCCCACUACUGUAGGUGUUAUUCCACAGGAGCAGGAGGACGUCCUGCGCGCCAUUGGCGACUAUCUCGGGCGCUAUGGCAAAUCUGUAUACGGCACGCCAGCCUGGAAUAUCUACGGCGAGGGCCCCAACAUGGCCGGCGGUGGUUCUUUCACCGCACCCCUCGUCGGUAACAGCAGCGUCAUUCGCUUCACGCGCAACAAGGAGAACAAUGUGCUGUACGCAGCUGGGCUGGGCUGGCCAGAGGACAGGAAGGUCUCGAUUCAGAACCUCGGCUCCGAUGCGCUCGUCAGCCUCGAAAGCUUGCAGUCCGUGCAGCUUCUUGGCGACGACGCCAGUCAGCAAGCGAAUGCCGAGUGGGAGCAGACUGACGAGGCGCUCGACAUCACCUUCCCCGAGCAGCCUGCCGAGUCGUGGGCCUAUGCCCUCAAAUUGACAUUCGACCAACGCAUCCCGGUGCCUCAGCCCAAAGAGGGCGCGUCCAUCUUUUCGGGGAGCGAGGCGCAGGGCGAGGGUGUCACGCUUGGCUUGGGUGACUUCAAGCGUAUCUUCAUGACUGAGGCUGGGCUCGCGCCCAAGAAGAUUCGCUCCAUUCGCGUCUCGCCCGGCUCCAAGGGGACGCUCUGUGCGAACUGGGACCUCAAGGGCGCGAGCACGGAGUUGGGCGCUGGUGAGCACAGGGUGGAGGCGUGCUCAGUGGGCUCCAUCAGGAUUGAGAAUGUUUAA